AUGGACACUGGCAAGUCCCCUAUUUUCAUACCUAUGCACACCUGGCCGAUCACUGCGGAAGAUCCAACCGUGCUGUGGAGCUUCCCCCAGGACCACACAGACCAGGAGGUCCUUCAGACGAUACCAAAGUUCUGCUUUCCCUUUGACGUGGAAAGGGUUUCACAGAGUCAGGUGGGGCAGAAUUUCACCUUUGUGCUGACGGACAUUGACAGCAAACAGAGGUUUGGGUUCUGUCGACUCACUCAAGGCUGCCGGGUCUGCAUAUGUCUGCUCAGUUAUCUACCAUGGUUUGAAAUCUACUACAAGUUGCUGAAUACUCUGGCAGACUACCUAACGAAACAACAGGAAAAUGACUUGAAUGACAUGCUGAAUUCUCUCUAUGAUCUGCCUGUGCCAAAGCCCUUCACGCCAGUCAACCUGAGUGUGAAUGAGCAGUUGUAUAUUGCCACUGGGCAAGUACUGAGAGAUCGGCGAAGCACGGAGCCGCACUCCUACUUCAUCGCCCCGGAUAUCAAUGGACUGCCAACGAUCCCUGAGAGUAGGAACCUGACAGAGUACUUUGUGGCUGUGGACGUCAACAACAUGCUCCAGCUCUACGCCAGUAUGCUGCAUGAGCGGCGCAUCAUCAUUACCUCAAGCAAGCUUAGCACUUUAACUGCAUGUGUCCACGGUGCGGCUGCUCUGCUCUUUCCUAUGUACUGGCAGCACAUCUUCAUCCCUGUGCUGCCCCCGCAUCUUCUGGACUACUGCUGUGCCCCCAUGCCAUACUUUGUGGGAGUUCAUCUUAGUCUGCUGGAGAGAGUACGCAGUCGAUCACUGGAGGAUGUGGUCAUUCUGAAUGUGGACACCAACACCCUUGAGAGUCCAUUUGACGACCUGCACAACCUGCCCGGUGACGUGGUGUCUUCUCUGAAGAGCAAGCUGAAGAAGCAGUCAACAGCAACAGGAAGUGGUGUGGCGAGGGCUUUCAUGAGAGCGCAGGCCGCUCUGUUUGGAUCCUACCGAGAUGCCCUCAGAUAUAAACCUGGGGAGCCAAUCACUUUCUGUGAGGAGAGCUUUGUGAACCAUCGCUCGAGCACCAUGAGGAACUUCCUGUCCAUGGCUGUCAACCUGCAGCUCUUCAAACAGUUCAUCGACGGACGGCUGGCCAAAUUGAACGCAGGCCGCGGCUUCUCCGACGUGUUUGAAGAAGAGAUCACAGAGGGGGGCUUCUGUGGAAGUAAUUCAAGGUCUUACCAGCAAUGGAUGCACACUGUAAAGAGAGGAGGAGCACUCUUCAACACAGCUGUGACAAAGGCCAAGAUUAAUGCCAAGAGGGGCAUCCGGGACAUUAAGGGCAGACUUAAAGCAAGGGAAGAAGAAGAAGAGGGGAUGAUGGUCUGUGCAGGGUCUCCCACUAGCACCAAGAGCCUGUCUCCAAGGAGACUGCAACUUGAACAAGUCUCCCAUGAGCAUGGGCCCUCGAGAUCUUGGCUACGGGCUUGAUGACGAUGAGCUGGACACUGCAAGCAAGAUCUCCUCGGAGGACAGCGGGGAUGUCCCUUCGUACAUCGAGGACAGCGAUGAUUCCUACUCGCUAGAACUGGACAUCGAUUCCUCCCGCUCAGGCCAGAUGAACCUGCUGGAGGAAAUCCUGGACUCUCUGAACACCACAACGAUGGAGCAAGGCAAACUCAGCACUGCCAAGAGCCUGGACUUCUUCAGGUCCAUGGAAGAUUUAGACUACAAGGCCCCGAGCAAGCUCACACCUUCCAGCGACUCUAAACCUGCAGAUGAGAGUGGCUGCGGUGCAGGCGGGGAUCAGGGUGGCUGGAAUAUGGGCCAGGAUGACAGCGCAGUCCACGGAAAACACCUUCCCCCAUCACCGCGCAGACAGCCCAACAAGAGCAGCCUGAAGGUGUCAAAGAAACCGGCGACAGCUCUUGCAGUGCCCGUCAUCACAGCUACACCUCCAGCCCAGGACACUGACAUCUCCAAGUCACGUCCUCGUCAACCCAGCUCUGACCCUCAGCUUCUACCUCCAGGGCGACAACCAGGAGACCGCUACUCCUACUCGCCUUCAAUGUCCCAUAGAGUUACACCGAUGCCGCCAUCCCCCUCUCUCUCCCAUACCUACAGUUCUCCAGAAAAUUAUUCUCCUGUACCAGCGGCACGGCCUCGGACCAUCUCAGACCCACAAACCAGCACAGAGCUUCCUCAGGCCCAGAACCAGACUGCCUCCACCAGCAUCCUGAGGAGGAAGGUGCUGUCCAAGGAGACAGUGAGGCACUACCAGGAAAAGGCCCUCCAGAGGCAGGGCAGCAAGGUCCACCAGGAGGGUCAGGGGAGCCCGGCAAGUAACAGCCAUUCAGCUAUGCAGGUCCCAUGGGAGAAAGAGGUGUCCAAGGAGGGGCUCCUGGGGCUCGGCCUGUGUCUGGGUCAGGGUAAAGGCUCAGGGGCGGCUGUGGUGCAGGAUCAAGGCCUCCUCGAGGAGAUUGAGUCCAUGUGUUGCCUCAGCUCAGUCCUCCACACCAGCCUGCAGCUCUCACAAGUUCACUGCAACAACAGUCACCACCAGGUCCAGGGCAAAGCCACAGACGAGUCGUAGGGAUGUCAAAGACUCAAUGUCUGUAAAACGCCAUAGGUUCUACUGAAAUAUAUUCACUUUAAUUCUUCUAUUACUAUUAGCCGCUAUCUCAACAACGAGAUCUUUUUUUAUCUCAACACUCAGCUAUCAGGAAAUAUUACGGACAAAGUUGAUGUCAUACAGGCAGAGUAACAACAGAGUCACAGCCACUAGAGCAGGAAAUAGGAAGAGGUAAAUUAGUGCACUGCACAAGUCUCCAUCUUUUCAAGACAUUUCUCUGUAAAAUAGAGCCCUAGAAACCUUAUUUUCUUCAAAUCUGCCACCACAGUAAGAAUGUUUAAACCUGUUUUCAAUAACUAUGAACUUGUUUCAAGAAUGUUCUUGAAAUGAAUGUCUGUAUCUUCAAUACACGUAAAUAUCUCUAACACUUAUAAUACAUUGAUUUACAAUGGAAACCGGUUCAAAUGAUCUUACUACAGUGGCAGGUUUUUUCACAUUCAAUGCAGGAUAGGUGCUUUUCCUCUGAGUGAAUUGAAUAUUUAGCUUAAGUGACAAGAUGUGAAUUUAGAAAGUUAAAACAAGUGAAUUAUGUUGUAAACUUGGCACUUCAAAAACACAAACUGAGGCCAUAGUACUUAGAUUGCUUUGUGUUUUUGGAGUGCUGUGAGAUCAGAUUUUUUUGAAACUCAAAUGCAAACAAAAAAAGACUUGAUAAGAAGGAUGUUUUUGCAGUGUGUUUACUGCUCAUCAUAGUAUUUCUGUCUGUAAUCAUCUAACUUUAUGGAUAACACAUAUUAUUUUCCUGUGUUGUAUUUUUCAUCGUGUAACUAUUCACAAUGCAAUACCUGGGGGGAAAAAAGACCCAUUAAUUACAUUAUGGGUAAAAUAUGAGUCUCCAACCGGAAAUUGAAGAAUUUUCCACCUUCACUUGAGAAAAGAAGUCAGAGUACUUUUUCAGGAUUAAGAAGGGAUGCAACACACCAUUAUGUCAGUCCUUUACUCACAGUGUUCCAAACAUUUCACAUGAUCAAAUUAAAUUUGCACUUGUAGAUUAAAAAAUUGUACUCAGAGUCUUGACCGCCUGAUACUAAAAUCAUUUGAGCAAACACAACAAAAUGAGGCAGGAUUUUCAGACUCAAAGUCCACUCUGGCCUUUGAAACUAAUUAUACACUGUGUAAUUUAAAUGUUUGUUUUCUAUCACCAUGCCUUAAAUGGACAUGUGAUUUGUUUUUAAUACUCUGGUGUCUUAAUCCAUAGAUACCAUAACAGGUACUUUGUAAUCAGAUUUUCCGAUUCUCUCAGAUCGUAAAUGCAACAGUUAACAAUUAUUAAACAGCACUGUGUUUCUCUGGAUUAUUAGAA